GAGGCGGCGCCGCCGAGCCUCGCGAGCGCACCCUUUUCUGCGCGAACCUCACCAACUGGGGGCCCACAGCCAAGCUGUGGAUGGCCAAGCAGAAGCUGGGCCACGGGUACGACGCCUACGCGUUCCAGGAGACGCACGUGGGCGCCAGCAGUCUCGACGUCACGGAGUACGAGUUUGUGAAGUUAGGGACGGCAGUUGUCAUGAGGGGACACUUGCGGACUUCAAGUUUUCGAAGCCAGGCCAAGCCGACCACAGUCACGAAGCCGACGACCGACGUGAGCAACGGGAGGUGGAAGGCUGACCUGGACUUGUGCGACUGGACACCAGUUACGUGGCACUUGAAGGGGACGACGAUCACGGUGGUGAGCCUCUACCUGGAUGUGGGGAAGCCGCUGCGCGAGGGCAUCAACGCCCGUAAGCUGACGGCAUUCUCCUCGUUCUUGAAGGGGCUCAGCGGCGCGUGGAUAGUCUGCGGCGGCUUCAACAAGGAGCCGAAGGAGAUGUGGGACUCGGGAUGGCCCAAGGCAAUGGGAGCGUCGUCCAUCAUCUCACUGCCCGACGGCGCCUACACGUGCAACUUAGGGGACAAGGAGUCGCUGAUCGACUACGCGCUGGUCAACGAGCAGGGGCAGAAGCUGAUCAAGGGCGCGGAAGCAGUCUACGACGUGCCGCGGAGGCCGCACAUCGGGAUGAAGUUCACGCUCUACGCCGAGGCCCAGGCGGUGCUGGACAACGCGAGGUGGGAGGCGCUGGCACCAGCAGCAGGAGGCUGGUCGCAGUUUCCCGCCUUGGCGUGCCCGAGCCCUGGGGAUGGCCUCCCAGGAUUUCCAGGAGUCGCCGAAGGGGCCUGCGAGCACUUGUUCCUGGAAAACUGGUCUGUAGGACCCUGCGGCGGGGAUGGCAUCCCAGGAGCGGUAAGGAUGGGGGAGUAUCAGUCAGAUGCAAAUCCUGGGGAUGGCCUCUCAGGUUCUGUAAGGAUGGGCGGGAUCGCUGGCUGGUCAGAUGACGAAGUCGACCCCUUCGCGGACCUGGACGACCGAGUUGAGGAGGAAAUGUUGCUCACACAAGGCUUCGAGGCGGAGGUCCCUGGCGAGCCCGGAGAGCAUGACGCGGGCCAGACGACCAACACCAUGGUAGCCAGGACCUCGUCAAUACCAGAGCGACCCCUCUCCCUGGGGACCCGCCAGUCGGACCGCGAGAGGGAGGGCGCAGCCCGCGGAGACCAUGAGAACCGCGAACACAGCGAGCGGAACAGUCGGGGGACCUCGCCCAAGCCAACCGAGAAGAGCACAGUGGACGACCUGACGAGGAGGAUUCGAGAAGCAGCUGCAGGCGUGGACACCACCACACUGGGGCACGUCUGGGAAACAGCGCAGGCCAUCCAAGACGCGGAGCCAAGCGUGCAGGUUGCAGCCCCAGACUACAUCAGCAGCUCCGCGGCCUACAAGGUCGACGAGGAGGCGGCGCGCGAGCUCGGGCAGCGCUUCGCGAACACCAUCGGCACGCGCGAGCGGUUCUACUGCAUGGCGCACCGCAUCGACCCAGUGGAUAGGCACCACUUCACUGGUAGAGGCAAGGCCUACGAGCUGAAGGUCACCAACACCAGAGAGCACGGCGAGAGGAGGAUGAAGUACGACGGGCACAACGCAGACUGGUGGGCCCGCGCUGAG